CUCGAACCGUACGCAUCGUAGUAGCCUGUUUAUCUACGCAACAGCAAAAAUGAGUUACGCAGUGAAUAAUCAACAAGUGAUGUCCAGAACCGACCAAUACCGCAAAGUAAUGAAGCCUUUGCUUGAAAGAAAAAGGCGUGCAAGGAUCAACCGUUGUCUCGACGAACUUAAGGAUUUAAUGGUGUCAGCAUUGGAAACCGAAGGAGAAAAUGCACAAAAACUGGAAAAAGCCGACAUCCUAGAGCUGACAGUCCGCCAUCUCCACAAAUUGCGCCGCGAACAACAACAACCAACGCAAAAUUUAAUGGAAAGUGACCAAUUCAAAGCCGGAUAUACACAGUGCGCCAAAGAAGUAUCCCGGUGCCUCUCCUCUAUCCCCAACGUAGAUAUUCACUUGGGCACUCAACUGAUGACCCAUUUAGGACACAAUUUGAAGAAAAUGGAAGCAGUAUCACCCCUGACAGUCUGUGUACCAACUCCGCCAUCAUCUCCCAUGCAAAUUCAACACUAUUCCAUGCCGUUGACACCUACUUCUUCACGAGGUUCAUCCCCAGCUCCCAUUGAUGUUGUCGGUACCGACACUGAGAUUUGGAGGCCUUGGUAGAUUUUUUUAAUAAUGGGAAUUACUUGCUUUAAAUAUGGCUUUAAAUUCGUCAGGGAUGUGAUACUGUGUGAUUUAAGAUUUAGGAUAUCUGUGAUAAUAAUUUUAAUAAUUAUUAAUUAAUAAAAAAUAUUUUUGAAUUUA